CUACUACCAAAUUGUGUUAAGAUUGAAAAAUGCAGCUUCUAAAAUCUAUAACCCCCUUAAUUUUCUUCACAAUCUUACUUAACAAUUUUUAUGGUAAUGUAGAGGGAUAUCAAGCAACAUUCUAUAUACACAACAAAUGUCCUUUUCCAAUAUGGCCAGCAACAGCACCAAACACUGGUCAACCAAUUAUAGCAGAUGGUGGAUUCUAUCUUCCUUCAAGCCAAACAAAGAAAAUUCUAGCACCAUGGUCAUGGAGUGGUAGAAUUUGGGCAAGAACAGGUUGUAAUUUUGCUUCAAAUACUUGGAAACCAUCUUGUGAAACAGGAGAUUGUGAUGGAAAACUAGCAUGCAAUGGACUCAUAGGAACUCCACCAGUUACAUUAGUUGAAAUCACACUUCAAGGUGAUAAAGGAAAACCUAAUUUCUAUGAUGUUAGUCUCGUCGACGGUUACAAUAUUCCGGUCUCCGUCGUUGUUCCAAAUAAGAACAUAAAUUCCAAGUGUAACAUUCAAGGUUGUUUGAAGGAUGUUAGAAGUUCGUGUCCGCAUGAGCUUGAGGUCUUGAAUUAUAAUGGAGAAGUUGUGGCUUGCAAAAGUGCUUGUUUGGCUUUUGAUCUUGAUAACUUUUGUUGUAGGAAUGGUUAUGGAAGUCCUGAGAAGUGUAGGCCUAAUGUUUACUCAAAAAUAUUUAAGGAUGCUUGCCCUAAUUAUUUUAGUUAUGCUUUUGAUACUCCUACUCCUCUUGUGAGUUGUGGUUCCUUAGAAUAUGUGAUCACAUUUUGUCCUUAUGGGUGGGGUGGUGCUGCCGUUGAUGUUCCGAAACCUCACACGAAUAUUUCUGAUGUCUGAUGCGUGUCAAGGUGAAAUCAACACAAAUGAUAUAUUUUAAUUUAUUUAUUUUAAUUUA